AUGUCCGCCUUAACUCCGUCUGCUUUAUCGUCCGCCACGGAUGAUACUGGGUUAGCCCCGUUUGUUUUGAACCAUACGCCGAAGAAUGAUGAGCGCUUUGUGGAGGUAUUGGUGCAGGCGUUCUUCCAGCAGUCGUUUAACGACGCCUAUGUGCGUGAGGACGAGAAGCUGCGGGACGACGCAGAGGUUACGGCAGAUUUAUGCCGGGGGCACUUCCGGAAAGCAGUUGAGUACUGGGGUCGCUACCGGGACUAUUUGUUACUUGAAUCGCGAAAUUACAGUGCUGUGGCCGUGUUGGUGGUGGGCCCCUGCGUGUCGGCGAAGCCGGAGGCGCAUUCCUUCAACCGCUUUUCCGACGCGCUUCACGCGAAGCACGGCUUAACAGGGGUGUAUUGUCUCAAAAUCAUCGGCCGCCAUCCGCAAGGCGAGAGGAGAGGAACCAUCAGGGGGCUGCUGAACUACAUAAAAGUACUUUCGGCCCGCGACGGCAAAAUCUGUACCCUCGAAGCUGUUACAGAUACUGCCCGAGCUGUCUACGAAUACUUUGGCUGGCAGGCUGUGGAAGCGACCGAGUGGAAUGCCCAGCCCUUCACCUUGAUGGCUUACUACCCACCUAGUGUCAACCCACCUCUACUUGCAGUCAGUUACGCUAAGCCGCCUGCAACACAGACGCGUCUAACUACUGCUGACGAAGGACCUACCUCUGAACCCUUUUCUCAAUAA